AGCCUAGGGCAUCUGCUACAUCAGCUGCAUCUGGAAGUGUGUCUCAUCCACAGACAGAAGAUCUCCUUGCUCAUAAAGAGAAAACUUUUCUUUCAAUUAUUGAAGAUUCUUACCAUACCACGAAGCCAACGUCCAUUGAAGAGUGGGAUUGGUUUAAGGAAUUCGCAAAAGAAAUGAAGAUCAUUAUUAUUGGUGUCUCUAAAGGAAGUUUGGUGAUAACGGUUGAGUGUGAAUCUCUAAUGAUCUUGGAGGAGUUGUGGACAGAUUACUUAUCUGGUCGUCUUGGUGAAGUGGUUCAGAAUUGUUUUGUAACUGAAAAGAUCCUGAAGGAACUGAACCUGGCUGAGCUAAGGCUGAAGACAACAAUGGACAUAAAAGAAUACAAUGCAUGCAAAUUGUUCUUUGAGAGAGAUACACGUACAGAUUCAGAGGAUCCUGCACCCUGGGCCAGUGCAAUAAAAGCUGUGCAUGACAAAAAAAGGAAUGUACGACUUGAAGAGGCUAAGAGUCUUCGUGAAAACUAUUUGCAGAAGUUCAGCUGGGAGGAACCUUGCAAUUUCCUUGUCGAAAAGAUGUACAAUCUUGCAUUUGACUUAGGGGCAAGACUAAUUGUCCAGAGUAGUGAAAACUCUGAUGUUCAUCAGUCUGCUGUUAAACAUACUCUGAGCAUUCUUGAGGACAUGAAUUCUUUUGCUGAUAACAACACUCAAUCAAUUCCCUUGCCAGCUACAGAAACUUCUGACAUGAAAGGAGGUGUGUCUGUUGAAACCAGUGGGUGUAAUUCCUUACACUGUGCUGCAAUGGGUGGUAAUGAAGCUAUAAUUGAGACUUUGCUAUCUUCUGGAUUAGACAUAAAUUCAAGGAGUAAUGAUGGGACAACACCCUUAAUGAUGGCAGCCGCUACAGGACAAGAGAAGACAGUAGACCUUCUUCUCAGCAAGGGAGCUGAUCCACACCUUAAAAACUUUAUGGGAAGAAAUCUGCUUCAUGCAGCAGCUGAAGGUGGCAACUCUUCCAUUGUGAUGAGAGCGCUCUCUUGUGACAUUGACAUUAAUUCAAAAGAUGAUUGUUCAGCCACCCCAUUGAUAAUAGCUGUUAAGCAAAACCAUAUUGAAAUUGUGAAAUAUCUUCUUCAAAAGGGUGCAGAUAUAUCUUUGACAACUGAAGAUAAAAAGAGGAAUGCUUUACACAUUGCAUCACAGGAAGGAAGUGUUGCAGUAAUUGAGAUGUUACUCUCCUAUGAUCUCAGACCUGAUUCACGAGAUGGUAAGGGAAACACGCCAUUAGCCCGUGCUGCAGCUUGUGGACAUAUAGAGGCUGUAAACUGUCUUCUUAAACAUGGAGCAGAUCCAUUACUGAAAGGGCAAGAUGGACGGAACCUUCUCCAUUUUGCUGCUCAGUCUGGCAAUGUCAUCAUUAUUGAGACCAUGCUUUCUAAAGGUUUUGAUAUUGAUGCCAGAGAUGAAACUCUGGGUGUAACCCCUCUGAUGGUUUCCAUUGCAUCUGGAAAAUUGGAGGCAGCAAAAUAUCUGCUUGAGAAGGGUGCUGAUAAAAGUUUGAAAACCACUCCGGGAAAACUCCCUCUUUUGUCCAUUGCAUCAGUAGCUGGUUCUAUUGCAGCCGUUGAGAUGCUGCUCUCACAUGGUUGUAACAUUGAUGCUAGAGAUAGUGAGGGAAACACACCAUUGAUGCAUGCUACACGUCUUGGAAAUACAGAGGUUGUAGAAUAUCUUCUUGCUCAAGGUGCUAAUCCAUUACUUAGAAAUACAUCAGACCUUGGACUGCUCCAUUUAGCUGCUUUUUCUGACAAUGCUCUUACUAUUAAGGCUGUGCUCUCUAAAAAUCUUGACAUAAAUGCUAGUCGUACAGUCCUUGGUAUAACUCCACUGUUGUUUUGCUUGGGACAGGGUAAACUGGAGGCUGCAAACUAUCUGCUUGCAGAGGGUGCUGAUGAAAAUUUGAAAAGUAAGGACGGGUUGACUGUUCUAUCUGCUGCAGCAAUGAGUGGUAACGUUGCAGCCAUUGAGAUGCUGCUUAAGCGUGGUCACAACCCUAAUUCCAGGGAUGGUCGUGAUAACACACCCUUAAUGUGGGCUGCAGAGGUGGGAAACAAAGCAGCUGUAGAAUAUCUUCUUUCAAGUUGUCAGAGCUUCUUCAGUAAUCUUGAGAAGUCCAUGGAACAUGCAUGGAACAUUUUUGAAAACUUGAUAACACAGAUAAAGGAGUUAAAAAAUCUACUUAAGAGAGAUCUCUCACAUGUUAGCCUGAUGCCACAAGAGCCUGAGUUGCAAACACAUCACCAGUUGAAGAGUGGAAGUCCCAUUCCAGUUCCAGAUGAUUUCUACCACAGCCAUCUCAAUGUGGACCAUGCCCAAGAACAGUCCUACUGA